CCUGGUAGAAAGAAAGAGUCACCUGUUCAUUGGAUUUGCUCCCAGAAAAUGUGGGUUCUCAUAACCUGACACAUUCGGUUAAAUGCAUUCAUGCACCACAGUCAAGCGAUUACUAGCAUUUAGGGAACCAAAGCGCCAGCUGCCGUAGGGAAGUCAAACAAUUUUGCUGGCUAUAUGUAUAUAAGUGCUCAGUGUGUUCUGGCCUUUCACUGGACUAACUACUUAAGCUUAACUUGUUGGAAUAGAGAGUAUCGAAGGAAGGCGAUCAUAACUUCUUCUUUUUUGGUACACCGGAGAAAGAAGGCGAUCAUAACUACUGUUGAGAAACUAGUAUUCAAAGGUAUGUAUUGUAUAGUUGAUUUGAAAUUCGUACUCUCCGUCAGGAAACGGAAUUACAAGAGAACUUUUGUCCUUGAGUUUUCUAAUUAAGUGCAUCAGAGUUUUCAUAUACGUGCAAAUGUUUGUAUGCAACUAUGUGUUAAAACCAGAGGAGUCUACUCCAGUAUUUGGCUCUUCUAGUCUUCUAAAAUCCUAGGCCCUAUCUCUCUCCUAUUCAAUAUGUAUCCAAUAUUUUGUAGCGUCGUUCGGUUCCUUUCACUAUAGCUGUUUCUGGUUUUGCAAGGCCAUGGAGGCAACAACACAAAAGAGGCCAAGGAUAUCGAAGAAGGCUCAGAAAAACCUGGAAGAGAAACGCGAUCCUCUGACAAGUUUACCGGAACCUUUGCUUCACCACAUUCUGUCAUACUUAACGAUGAAGGAUGUGAUCAGGACAAGUGUUCUUGCAAAGAGGUGGAGAUACAUGUGGUUGUAUGUCCCUUGCUUAGAGUUUUCCCCAAUGAAAAUGUCGAGAUCUAAAGAAGUAGCUUUCAUCAAUCAGUCCUUGCUUCUUCACAAAGGUCCAGCAAUUCAAAAGUUUAGCCUCACUUUCCUGCAUGCUGAUGCAGAAACUCACCAUGUUGAUUCAUGGAUUUACUUUGCUAAAACCCGCAACGUCGACGAACUCAAUCUUGAUUUUCCACCUCCAUCCGCAUGUUACAGGUUGCCACACUUUCUAUUCAGCUCAACAUCGUUGACGGUUUUGUCACUUGUAGGAUGUGAGAUACACUUUCCGGUUAAGUUUAAACUCAGUUCCCUUAAAACGCUCUCACUUGAGCAGGUCUAUUUUUCUGGUGGGGAGAUUAAUGAUUUGACGGCUUCUACUCCAAUUCUUGAAUCCUUAUCACUGACAGAUUGUCAAGGAUUUGCUGACCUUUAUGUCUAUGUGCCUAGUUGGAGUAAGAUCAAGACCAUAAAGAUACAUGAAAGUGACCAAGGCUCUUCAAAUUCUGUGCUGUCAAUUUUUGCUGAUUAUAUUGCUUCGUUUGAACUUGUUACAAGCAUGUCUAGGGGGUCCUAUUUCAUCGAUGGAAUGAAAUCUCUUGAAAGUGCAAGCUUUGGUUGUAACAAAGUGAACUGGGGGCAAUACGAAGCGCAUAAGGAAGAUACUGUUUUCGAGAUUCUUGAUAGUGUCUGUCAUGCUAAAUAUCUUAGGUUGUGUAGCUGCUACAUUCAGGCUCUGUGCUGUAACGAGGAGCAAAGUCAAAAUGGCCUGUCGUUCGAUGCUACAUGCUUAGAGAUAAGGACUGAUCUAACAAAAGGAGACCUACCAGGAAUUAGCUACAUGCUAGGGCAUUCACCAAAUAUUAAGACUCUGAUCAUCAAUAUCGAUAAGAUCCAUGCAAAAAGCUUUAGUAACAAUUCGGAAGAAGGAAAAUAUUGGAAACUCCAGGAGCCAAAUUUUGUUGAUCUUUUGUGCAACCUAAAGGAUGUCAAAAUCUACAACUUCAUGAAGAAUCUUGAAAGCAAGCAGAUGAGUACCACUGAGGACUUCCUUGCACAUCUACAAAACGAUAUGAAUUUUCUGAGGUUCCUGCUCGAGAACUCUAAGGUGAUGGAGAGAAUGACCAUCACAACCUUCAAGAAUGUUAAAUUCGGGCGCCACUCGGAGAGUAAGAAAUUCAAGCUACUUUUCCAGCUUACUCAGGAGUUGCUAGCAUUCCCCAGAGCUUCUCAAGCCGCUCAAAUAUCAUUCAACUGAAACUGUAGGGACUAGUUUGCAGUUGGCCAA